AUGUCCAAAUAUAAUGAUAUUUCUGAUACAGAAAAUGAUAAUAAAGCGCAGUUGAAAAAACUGUAUAGUCAAACGGAAGAUGAUGAUAUGGGUCCAUCUAUAUCAAUGGCUAAAGAAGCAGAAAAUAAUGAGGAUUUUGAAAAAUCAACUUUUAAUUUGAAAAGAACUAGAUCAAUGGGCCUAUUAGAUGAAUAUAUAGAUCCUACAAAGAAAUUAUUAGAACAAAGUAAAACUAAACAAGAUAAUAUAAAUUCCGGAACAAAAAAUUCUCAGAACUCCCGAUAUAAAGAGAAUAGAAAUAUUGCAUAUAGCUCAGAUUCAGACUCGAAUUCAAAUUCGGGUUCAACAUAUUCAAGCUCAAGCUCAUAUUCAGACUCCGCAUCUGAUUCAUCAUCUGGUUCUGACUCUUAUUACUCUGACGAAUCAUUGUCUGAUGAUAAUGAAGGAGAUCAACACAUGAACUCAACAUCAGUUUCACCACCAUCUGUAAACAAUGACGAUAUAUUAAUUCCUCAGGAUGAUAAUGAUGUUGUAAUAGAACCUGAAAGACAUGUAGAUUAUUUAUCUCAUAAUUGGGAUGAAUCUGAAAUUUCUAAUUCAUGGAAGUAUAUUAUCUUAAAGAAAAAGAAAAGGGAUAUUGACCUUGUCAAUGCAGCUAGAUUAGAAAAUGCAUCAUGGAGAACUUGGGCAAAAACAAGAAACCAUUUGAAAACAGUAUCACCAGAAGCGGUGAAUUGGUCCAAGGAUUCAGAUGUUACUUGGCUAUAUGGACCUAUUGUGCGUGAUAGUCCAAUGGAUGCACAAGAAGCAGAAGAUACAAACGAUACUUACAAUGCAAGAGGAUAUGGUUCUGAUGAUGAAGCCUCUAAGAUGUUACCUGUGAUUAACCCUUCAAAAUCUACUAAGCCUUCAAAGACAUCGAAAUCUAAAGCCAAAAGUAAUGACAAAAAGACGUUAUUGAAACCUAUAUUAAAGAAAAGAACCGUUCCAGAGAUCAUUGAAGAAAAUUCUCAAUGGAGACUUAAUGAAGCUAGGAAACAUUAUAAUGAAAUAAAAAAUACAGCGUCUAAUAUGGACCCUAACACAAAUUUCCAUGAUUAUGACUACCUUGCCGCAAAAGUUAAUGCACAAUAUUUUCAGAAACAAAAAGACAAUAAAUCAGAAAAUAAUGGACGGACAAUGCCACACGAUACUGUAAACGAUAGAAAUAAUCCGCUCACAUUGGUGCCGUCUAAUGAAGUUAAUGAGUACAAUGACAAUGAUAUUUCAAAAAAGAGUCUAUUUAAGACUGGUGAUGAUCAAACGACAUCAUCUAUUUUAACGAAUAAAGCUAAACAGAAUGCCAAUAGUGCAUCAAAGCCAAAAAGACACAUCCAUUUUAACGAUCGUGUCGAACAAUGUAUGGUAGUUAAAAUUCCUUCUUCAGAUGAGAGUUUAUCUGACUAUGAGUCAAGCGAUAAUGAGGAUAAUGAAAACGCAUCGAGUGUUAAUGCUCGCGACAGUAGCAAGAAUAUACAGUUGCAAAGAAAUACCUCCAGAACAUCAUUUUUACUGGAGUCGGAUGAUUCUGAUACAAGCUCGGCAUUAAAUUCCGAUUCGGAGUCCAACGAUGAAGGUAACGGCGACGGUUUAUUUAUAAGUGCAAGAUACGCUAGAAGAUCAGGAUCAAUUACCCACUCUCCUGUUUCCUCCGAAACGUCAUCUAUCAGUUCUAAAAGUGAAGGAAGAAAACACAAAAUCCGUCCAAUUAUUAAAUUAAUGCCAGCAACCACUUUAAAUUACGGAUCUGAUGAGGAAUCUGAUAACUCAGAUUAUAGUAGCUACGGUAACGCUGUAUCACACAAUGUCAAUACACAAAGAGGUUAUGAUUACAUAUAUGACUACAAUUCUGUUUAUACUGGUGAUACAUCAAAUUUUUUACCGAUUGAUAAUUGUGAUAUAGUGGAUGUUCCAGAUGGAAUCAAUUUGCAGACAUCAAUUGCUGACAGUAAUAAGAACAAUUACAAUUUUGAUCAGUCUGCUACACCAUUAAAUUUAGGUACAACUCAAAAGAAUGACCCAACAGUUCUUCAGGAUAGCAACAAGAAUACGAACACAUCAAGUAAUGACUCUUUCAGUAGUGAUGACCAAUAUAGCCUCUCGUCUAAUACAGACGAUGAUGAAUUUAUUGAAGAUUCAAAUUACCAGAGUUCAGAUGAAGACGAUGGAUACUCUAGUUCGAGCGGAAAUAACAUAGAGCCUACAACCGAUUCUACAACUCCAGGACUUAAAAGAACUGUUUCUCUGGGAAAAAGUACAGAUUCAUUGAAAAAUUUAUCCCAUGUUGAAAUGGGCAGAAGUACAGCUAUUUCAUCACAAAAUUUCAUUACAGGAGAGAAUAUAGCUAGUAACUUGAAAGAUACGAACCCUAUAAGAAGCAAUUCUAGACCCGAUAUAUCUCUAAGGAGCUCCAGUAGAAGUUUUAUAUUUGACUCUGAUAGCGAAGACAGUGACGAUAGUGAUAUAGGGAAACCUUUAGUGAAGUCACCUGUAUUAACAUCCCCUAUAGUUGAUUCGAAUAGUAGGACGACAACUCAUAAAUUGACGCCUCCUAGUAGGACACCUAGUUCGUCAUUUUUAAGUCAUAAUAGUGAUCUGAAUAACUAA